ACAAAGCCGCUGGUUUUGCGUUUGACUUUUGAUUUCGUUCCGUCUUUGCAUCUUUCUCAACGGCUGUUUUCUCAAAAUUGUGCCGCAAAACUAUUUCCAUCCAGAAUUUAAUUGAAAGUUCUUCAAUAUAAAGUGAUAAAAUGGCUCUAAUAAUCAAUAAUGAUAUGCUGGAAAAGUUGUCGCACGAGAUUCAAGAAAUCCGCGUUCGGGCUCUGCAUGACAUCGAAAACAAGCUGAAACGAGGGCUGUGGGAAGAGCAGGACAUUAAAUUCCGGGCCACUUCAGUGAUGAAGGCGCUGAUCCGUUGGUUCGGCCACGUUCCCAUUUGCGAGGAGACGACAGUGCUGGAGCUGAUUUCGCUGCUUCUUAAUAGUCAAUUUGGUCCAGCAAUUGUACACCAUUUUACGAGUAAGCGUCUUAUAACAGAAAUGGGAAAAGUAAAAUAUCUAAUAGGUAUGAAACCGGAACUUGCCGAACUCGUGGACAAUAUUAUCCACAUAGUGAAAGAUUGCCAGGUCAAUGAUGCGACAAGAAAUGCCGAAAGUAUAGCCAACAGUUUAGCAAGUCUAAAAAUUGAAUGCAUCGAUCUGACAGAUUCUCCCCGACAAAGUUUCGGCACGGUUCAAGAUAGAGGUCCGCAUUACUACACUAACUGUUGGGAAGUUCCACUAGCACCGGAUGCAAAGGUUUUCAAAGAUCUUAACGGUUCACUGGAUCCCCAUGGAGACGAAACGGCCAUCAAGCACGCAUUUAGCUAUUUGACAAGGUCAAUCAAUGACUAUCCCCCGGAAUUCUUCCUGCAACCACCGUACGUGUUCCAUUCUUUGCUGCAGUUGUUGGAAGCGAGGCGAGCCAGAUUAACCACAACCAUCGAAAUGUUUCAUCGUUUGACUAUUUCGGUCCAAAAACGAUUGAAAUCCUUUCAAUUGACCAGUAUGUACAUCUACAAGGAUCCCAAAACUGAAUGUCCGGAAGAGACCAGGCGUGUUCAAAUCUCCGUACCGGCUUUCGUGCAUGAGCUUUGCAUAAUGGGUAUCAACCGAUUGAAAGAGGUUUCCGACGACAUUGAUGUUCAGGUAUCUAACAAAAUCUUCAAUCUGCUCCACGAAUUGCUUGAAUUGGUGCAAAUGCACUCGUUGGAAGAUUUCCAGGUCCGUGAAAUUCGUCACGAGCUUGGUUACCUGGCAAAGCACUUCCGUCAGAAUUGGGAGUCCAAUAGUAAAAGUUUCGCUUCCCGGACAAAAUACCUAGUAACGAUCAGUAUUCUUUCGCGAUUCCUUCAAAUCGCACGCGACACACAAUCGCCAGAGCCUCCCGAACAGGCCACCCUUUCUAACGACACUUGCUUUCCGCACAAACCCCACUACAACCCGGCAGAGUUCGAAACCAUCAACUCAACCAACCAAAGGCGAACCAUCGAAGAUCAGGACCAAAACUGGCUCCAUGAGCUCCAGUUGGCGGCUCUAGAUUACCCGAUGAGGCACAUAUACCCCGCGAUCUACGCUCCCAUACUGGAACUGGCUCUGCGAUCUGGUAACACCCGUAAGCUGCAAGUUCUCCUCGGCGCCGACGAAAUUCUGGCUCCGGCAGUGGCCAUUUUGAGACAACCAUCGACCAUGUCCGACGAAGAGCUCGUUAUGAAUGGGCUUAAUGCCGUCGAUACGCUUCACUUGCAUCGAUCAACAGCAAUAAUUAAACUCUUGGUUCGAGCUGUGGGAAAAUGUCACGAUCUGUUCGAGGGAAACUACAAACUUCGGGAUGCUGCCGAGAAACUGGUGCUACGAUUGCUCUCCCAUUCGGAUGAACGAAUUAAAAGUACUGCCUACGACCAAUGCAAUGCCGUCAUGAAAGAUUACAUCAGUUCACUCGACGAGGGAGCCAUUCUGAGCCACCGGAAAGGAGUGACCAAGUUGGGACAAGGAAAGCUAGCAUCGCUUGGCAUUCCGCUAUCGGUGGAAAUUCUUGUGGAAGUUAUAUGCUUUGGAUUCUGCAGCGCCAACAGAAAGAUCAAACAACAAGCGGAAACCAUCCUCCUGUUUGUGCUCAACUCGCGCUCAUUCUUACUCGAUCGAUGGAACGAUCUUUUGGACAUCAUAGUCCCGGUGCUACCGUUCCUGCAAACAGCAGGCAUAGUGAAAUCGCAAUCGACGCUUUCGCGAGCAAUAUUCGCUCUGUUGCAUCCAGACUCUCAACUUUCUGCCACAGACCUUAUGCGAGGAAACCUACGAUAUCUUUUCCAGGACGAUGCCGAUAUUCGCGAAGAAGCCCUAACCCGAGUGCUGUUUCUCAUGAGCGUGGCCCCGAAUGCACACCAAUACUCGCCCAACAUAGAGCACAUCCGGGACACGUUGUCCAACGCCAUUUGUUUGACAAAGUCCCGGUACGACGUUGCCAAGCACCUUUCCUCGGAUGUGUUCGAAGUGAGUGCCGUCAGGCCGCUGUUGGAUACUCUGGUGCAGGAAAGUUCUGAUCCCGGGAUUCGGCGAAGCGCUCUGGUUCAACUGAAUGCUAUGGCCGAGGAUCCCGUCCUGUGCGAGAUCAUUCACAAAGCCAACGGAUGGGCGUUUGUGCUGCAGGUGCUGGACAAUGCCUUGCGCGAGCAGCACUUCCUCGACUACCCGGAUAGUGCGGUGCCAGCAGUAGGGAUUCUGACGAAGCUUUGUUUCGCCAUUCCGGAAUUUCGGAGGUUUUUGGCGGAUGAUGUCAAUGUGUACUAUUUGAUUGUGCGAGCAUUGUUGAGUUUUCAUCAUUUGCCAAUUUUUAAACCGGAUUGCUGUUCGUUGCUGUUUCUGUUACUGUUUAGCGAAUAUACUUUGGGAAGUGGGAAAACCAUUUCACUUCCGGCAGUUUGUCAGCAUUAUAAAGUCCCGUUUCUUUGCGAGUACCACUGGAAGUACAGUCCGUUCAAUGAGUUGAGCUACUUGGAAGAGAUUUUCGUGGACGUAGCAAGAGAUGAUCAACAAAUAGCUAUGGAAGGUAAUACCAUUCUACGGUUUAGUAGACCAUGUGGGAUAGAGUGUGCAACUUCUCGAUUGCAACAAGUAGAUGUGGACGAGUCAGGAGAUAUGAAUCAUACUGCGGAGACCAUGGCCUAUUUGGAGAGUUAUCGCCAGGUCGCUUGGCAGUUCUUGCGGCUGUCGUUCGCAAGUCAAUGGUUCGAUGCUUUUGAAAAUGUUAUGAUAAACGCCAAACGAUCGCGCCAAACUCUCAAUUCCAGCAAAGAUGAAAUCCAGCUUGUGGAUUACAACGUACUUCCACCUCAUUUGGUGUCCCCGAAGCAGAAUGAUGACGAAGAUGGAGUGAUCGUACUGGACGAUGGCUCUCUGGAAUUUGAUCGAGCUCUUCACCUCACCAAGCAGGACUUGAACAUGAUUCGGACGUCUCAAACGGAGGAAAUUUUUCGCAACAGUUUGAAGGCUAUAGCGUCAGCGACUUCCCACGCUGAAGUAUCUAUUGGGCUGUCGGGGCUCGAAAGCAACCUGAUAUUGCCAAUGAAGGAGCAAAUAUUACACAAUUCUAUUGUAAAACAUCUGAAAAAGUUUAUUCUGACUCCACCCAACACUCCAGCCGAUGAACAGUUGCUCAUCGAUGUGUUCAGUCUACUGGGAGAUCUGAUCCAAAUCGGUUACGAGAACGUUUUGGUGUGGAUUGUGACACUUUUAUUUGAGCAAACCAGCAUUUUCAUUCAACUGCUCAAAUCGGAAACGUGUUCUGAGGAACUGUUCAUGAAGAACGUAGACUUUAUCCAAAUAGUUUUGCAAGCAGCUCUUGCUUGUGAAAAUCCAAACGUGACGAGUCUGCUUAUCAACGAAGAAGGUUUUCAGAUGAAGGUGAAAAAAGAGCACAAUUUCAACUUGUUAAAUCGACUUCUGGAAAUUAUAACGAAUCGUCUGGACAGCGAUCUACAAAAGUGCCACAUUGGAAAUGUCCUUUCAUUGAUCAGUUUAGCAAGGGUGAUCGCACUCAGUGAAUUGAUCGAAUUUGAGAACAAAUUUCUCAACCACCUCGUCAACAAGUUGUGUUCGUAUAUUGCCCGUAUCGGAAUGCUCACCUACUCAGGGUCAACGAUAAUCAAAAAUUGCCUGAUGGUAAUGUCGUUGCUGCUGGAUCGAAUGCGAGAAGUUCAUCUAAAAUCCAAACACUUCAAGGUGAUCGCCUCGCAGUGCAGCCACACGAGUAUACUGAUUCGAUCGUGUGCCUGGAACGUACUCGCAAAGAUUGCCAAAUUUCUGUCGGGCUCGCAUUCGAUCAUCAAGGAGUGUGUCUAUCUGCCCGGUGGAAUGCACGCGUGCUGUAUAAAAACAAUUCUGGACCCGGAGGAAGCUAGUUUGGUCAAAGAGGCUGCAGCUGGACUGCUGAUAAAUCUACUAUCGCACAAGGGGGACAAAGGCGAACCCCUGCACAAGUAUGUAACACCGUGUGACAAAGUGUCCGCCAACGUGAAGGAUGCAGACGCCACAGAAACACUUUUCACGGUGUUACGGAAGCACAGAUUUUUCGAGCAUUCUUUGGAGUCACUGCAAAACUUCGUCACACGCGACGAAAUGGAAGUGGGAGAAUUCGAAGGUAUUCAGAUGGUGACCUGUGACGUGGUCAAAAGUUACAGCAUGAUCUUUUCCUGUUUGAUCGACUUGGCGCCGGGGUUGAUCGACCAUCUGCUCGAGAAGUGCUGCUUGCAGCGUUUGAUGAAUUGCGUUUCCAACGUUCCUCUGCACCCGGGAAAAUCGGCACUUCUAAUGGUAUCGGAAGUGUGUAAUCUGUUGUUGCGGUGCCUCCCAUACAAGGAGGAAGAAAUCUGCGAGCUGAUAUCACCCUAUCAAGCGGUUAUCGGUGGGAUAAUUUAUCUGUUGAAUGAAGAUUUGUAUGAAAACUACGAUGAACGCGUACUGCGUGAGGUCACCGGUAACAUUAUGCAGCUGCUGAAUGCGAUGGUUGUGAAUAAGAUUGGCAAUCAGCUUAUAACGGGUGUACUGUCGGAGUUGAAACUGGAACCCUUGAUGAGAUUGAUAAUCCGCGGAAUAUCCAAUCAUAAACAAAAAGAACACCAAAUAGCAUGCCUUCGGUUUCUCACUUUGCUGAUGCUAUCAUCGGAAACUAACACUACCUCGGUUUGCGAUUUCCAAUCCUUCCUAAAUCUCAUGGAAACAACUCCUUUCCAUCAGCCAGCAUGUGUUCCAACGGAAACCUCAAAAUCCGCCCAGAAGUUGCGCUGCUUGUCCGAUAACUUCUGUCUCGAUGACGAAGACGAUCGAGAAAAUCAGGAUCCCAACGGAUUACGAAAACGCCUAACAAUAUCCUCGAAACAGAACGAAACGCAAACCAUUCUAACUGGCAGCGAAUGCAUGUUCGCAGCAUUGAUGGAGCAGUUUCGGAUUGCAUGUUUGAAGGACAAACCGGAGAAUGGCGCACUUGUGUCCACUCUGCAGAAACGUACUCUUUUCUCAGCAAUUCAGGUCAUGUUGCGCCAAUCGGAAAGGGCAAGGAAGGUAGCCCGAACGAGUAAGUUCCUGGAAAUGGUGCUCGAUCGCUUAGAGGCCAUGUACAGUGGAAUUGGCAUCAAUUAUCAGACCUUUGUGAAGAAAUACGGCGAAGGGCGAAAAGCUCCGGUCGUGGAAGAGCUUACCUUCAUCGCGGGAAUUUUGUCGGCGUGGUUCAUCCAGGACAUUCUGGUCCACCAGGCCAACAUCAACUACAUAUGUCGGCUAUUGCUGCAAUACUGGCCGUGGAUCAGCAGCAACCGUGAACUGGAGAUAGCCUUCAUGAAAGCGUUAGUGUGCCUUACCGAAAAUUCGAUUGUGGUUUGUAAAAGCCUUUGCAUACCUCAUGCCGCUCAUCCCCACUCCAUAUUGAAGCUUACGAUAGCCUCAGUUACUGCCGAAACGGGUAAGGUAAAGGGACCUAAAGCGGAAUUGACCUUGCUGCGGCUCUACUUGAGGGUUCUUAUGAACUGUUGUUCCUGCCAUGAAGGCCGCAUCAUGAUCACCAAGUUCAACGUGCUGGACAAUGUGAGCAAAUUGCAUCCGGUGGUUACGAAAUUGCAGAAACCGUGGAUCACGGUUACCAAGCUGUGGGUGGAGUUCUGGGAACUCUACAGCCGUCACAACGAUGUCAGCGAUGUCAAACAUCUCACGGUUUUGGGGGCGCUCAUUCGUAAGUCCACGCCCGAGUUGCGACGCUUCUCGCUAGAGAUAAUGCGCAACAUGUCGUUUGUCAACAACAACCGCCCGGCCUUGCUCGCUUCCCAGGACUACAUGUACGCACUGAAAGACGUCCUCGAUGGCACGGAUUCGACCGAGCAGCUACUUGUGGUAAGUUCUAUUUGGAAAAUGAUUGCCAACAAUUUCAAAGGCAAAGCUGCCAUUAAGAGUAGUCCCAUACCGAGGCGAUUGAACGCUUUGCUCAGACAGCGGUCUCUGCUGGACCGGUGCGAAGAUGAUGAUCUCUUCAAUGUGCUUACAAUAGUGGUAAAUCUCUUGAAUGCAUAACAACUAGUUUUUAGGAUCGAUUUAGAUUUUAUUAACGCUUCUCGUUACAAAAUAAUACAACUGUACAGUUAAAUGAA